CAAAAUAUAAAAAUAAUGGUGUUUAUAUGUAUAGGUGUUGAGUCAUUUGACAUUGAUAUGAAGGAGCAGAAGGUGACAGUGAAGGGAAAUGUACAACCAGAUGAAGUUCUGCAAGCUGUUUCCAAAACUGGAAAGAAGACUGCAUUCUGGGUGGAUGAAGCACCACCUGAAAACAAACCUUCAGAAACUGCACCUGUUGCAUCCUCAGCUGAAAAUGAUACCAAACCUUCAGAAACUGCACCUGUUGCAUCCUCGGCUGAAAAUGAUACCAAACCUUCAGAACCUGCACCUGUUGCCUCAGCUGAGACUGAAAACAAGCCUUCAGAAACUGCUGCUAUAGAAACUGUUGCCUAAGGCCUUUGUCCUUCUAGUUUUCUAUGUGAAAGUAGGUCUGUUUUCAAAUGCUACUUUUCAUGCUUUCUGCUAUAUCAGCUGUUAUAUUUUGUGUGAUGUUACUGAUAUAUAAUCUGCAAUAACUCUUGGCCUGUGUUUCACAUAUCAGAUACUUUUCAACCAUCUUAUAACUAAGGAUUUCAACUUGUAUUUC